AUGUUUACCCAAACUGGUUUAUAUUUAUUGGUACUAACAAUAGUAUAUUUCAAAUUAUUUAAUCCUGUUUUUGCAUUACCAACAGAUGCGAAAGAGCAAGAUGACGAACGAUCUUUUGCAACUAUGCUUGGACAAUUUGCUAAUAAUCCUGGUUAUUUCUUAGUGAAUCGUCCUGAUAACAAUGAUAACAUUGACAAAGAAGCGUAUUUUCACAAGAAACGAGAAAUGAAGAGAAAAUGGUCAAAAUUCUUUCAAGGAUCUCAAGGAUCGCAAUCACCUUAUGCUAUUGCAUUUCCAGCUCUUAUUCGUACACGUUAA